AUGGCUGCCGCUAUCAUGCCCGCCGCGCCCGAAGACCAGGGAGAAGGAUUUUGCCGCUUCUGCGCCGGGGACAGCAGCAGCGAGCCCCUAGUGACGCCUUGCAACUGCGAAGGUACGAUAUCCAACUCGCACAAGUCAUGCCUCGAGAAACGUAUUCUCCAAAACGGCGUGACGCGUUGCUACCUCUGCAACUACAAGUACGAAUACAAGGUCAAGACCAAGCCCGUGGUGAUGUGGCUCAUAUCUGAGGAGCACCGGCGGGACGUUUUCCAGCUUCUGUCCAUGCUCACCCAGUACCUGUGCGACACCAUCAUAAUCGUCAUCGCGGUCGUCAAGGGUAUCGAGAUGGUGAUACAGGCGCCCCUGGUGGCCGGCAUGCUCACUGCGUUCUGUUGUGGAUCGUGCGCCCUCUUAUGGAUUACCUUGCUUUUCAUGGACCUGUGGUCCUUCUACCUUCCACUGCGCCGUUGGCUCCACGACAACAUGACUGUUGUGCUGACCGUGCCGGCCAAGUCGUUCGACAGUCGUGCUCCCGAGAGUUGUCACUCCACGGACGAGCUGCGUGGAGAGUGACCGCGCUACAUGCGGAGAACAACUAGUCGCAGUCUGUAGAGCGAUUACAGUCCAUACAUCAGAAGCUGCUGGACUGCGAUGUAUAAUAUUACCGCAAUCACAAAAUUUACAUAGUCCACUCCACUGUA